AUUUUAUCAUAUUUGUGAUUUAUAUGUGAUUUGCAGGAUAUAAUGUAAAGAUUUUUUGCAAAAAUCAAUUACAAUUACAAUAUCUUUUCUCGAAAAGGUGUAUUUAAUAAUUGUAUUAUCUUUUCUGCUUUGUUAAAACGUUCGCUGCUGUACUUUUAUUUAAAAUAGUUAAUUUUACAAAGUGCGUAAUGGCGAUUUAGUCGAAAAUUAUUUUAUCUGACUUAAAGGUUCUAAAAAUAAUGUCGAGUUCAGUUUUCAUUGAAAAGUGUACUGAUUCGAAGUCUGGACUUAGCGCUGACUCUAAGCUAUCUGACUCAAAUUUAGUAAUUGUAUAUGGAAAAAAUGGAAUUAAUAUCGAUUCCGAUGGAGUUGGAAAACUUAUGGAGGAUAAAGCCUUGUCUUCGAUUAGCGUUGUUCGUAUUACAUCACCAACGCCAAGCAUGCAAGAUGAAGAAACUGAAAGUUACAAACAAACGCUUCGUAAAGAAAAAGUUGGGUCAGAUAACGAAUCGGAGGAUAGUUCCAAAAAAAUUUCAGACCAGGAUAAACAAGAUGUUGAGUCUGAUUACAGAAAUUAUUCAGAUAACGACAACAAAACAAGUGAUGAAAAAGAAAAAACGGUAGUAGAAAGUGUUAGGAAGAAAAAGAAAAUUAGAUCAAAUAAUAAAGCAUGCUCCAACAAGUUACAGACUCAGUCUAAGUACAAAGUUAAGGAAAAUGUACGACCAGAAAUAGUAGGAUUAGUUCUAGAAAAUUAUUUCACAUCACAAGCUGCAACCGAAAUGGGAAAAGAAGCAUUAAAAACUGCUGGUGUACCUAGUUAUAAAAAGUCUGCCAACCAUGAAUUUCAACUUUUUGUUAUACGAAAUGAUCAUUGCUAUACACCAUUCACUUCACCAACUCAAAUGAGAGAAAAGUUAGAAUCAGCAAGACUUGAAUCAGAAAAACAACAUACAAAUCGUAAAUUUUAUUUGCAUGGUAAUGUUCUGAAAAAGAAACCCAUUCAAGUUUUAAACGUAGAACCAAAAAAAAAUGUGACUAAAGUAAUAAAAACUAACGAAGUUAAACAAAAUAGUUCAGAAGAAAUCAAUGAAGACAGUAAUAUUCAAAUCUCGAUUGAAGAAAAGGAUGAAGAUAGUAAAAGUAUUGAGUCUGUUGAAUCGGAGAAUGAUAGGGUUAGUGACGUAGACUUUGACGUACGUAAUCGUAAAAGUCGAAUAAGAAAAAUUUCUUUGUUGAAGAAAAUUAAAACGCAAAAAUAUUUAAAUAAACGUCGGUUACCAAAUCAAGAAAAGGUUAAUAAUGAUACCGAUCAGAAAAGUUUGUUAAAAUUUCAAACGAAAGUAAUCAAAACUGCAAAUAACGAUCAAUCCAAUUCUAUGACAUCGCUAACUGUAGCUUCAAAACAAAUAAGUACCUCUUCUGAGUCUAUUCCAAAAUCUCAAAAAGUAAUAUCUCAAACACAAAAACAAAAGAACAUUCUUACGUCCCCUGUUUCUGCAAAACAAAACGAAAACAAAAUACCAAUUCAACAAGCGACUAUAGCAGCUGUGGCAAGAAAGGGUCCCAUACUUCAAGUUGGAACACCUACAUCGUCACGAACAUUUAGUUCACAUUCGAAUCAUGGUGUAAAAGAAAUUUUUUUAAAUAAGGUUAUGGCAAGCCCAAAGGGUGGAUUUACUGAUAUAAGUGCUUUACUAACGCAGUCGGAAAAUGUAGAAACUGUAUUAAAUACACCUACAAGCUCCCGAACACCGAAACAGUCUUUAUCUACACCGAAAGGAUUUAUGCCGCUUGGAAUCGAAACAGCGGCAAGAAAUCAGUUACCUGCACAAAUAUCUAUUCAAACGCACCAAAGUUCUUCAGAGCUAGCAGCCGAACAUGAGAAGCAGUUAGAUCUAAUUGAUUCUAUAGUAAAGCAUGAAAUGCAAAAACCCGUAGAAAUUCAAAAUAUACAACCCGCUUGUAUUGAAAAUAUUCCUGAACUAGUAAAAAUGUUGGAAAGUACAGAAAAGGCUUUAGAAGUUAACACUCAGGAAUUAAACAAUUUAAAUUCUAACCCAAAUAUCGGCAACAUAAACAUAACAAACACAUCUAUAUUAGACGCACCAGUGGAGGAUAUUCCGGAAGACCUUUUGCAAGAUGUUGUUAAACUUAUAGAAGAUGAUAAGACUUUAAAGGAAGCAGUUGAUAAACAAGUUUUUGGCCAUAGCAAUAACAAUCCUGUAGAUAGUAUUGUUUCAACUAUGUCUUCUACACCACCACCAUUAACUCCUAUAUUACAUAAAAAUGUGAAACUAAAUUGCAACCUUAUGCAAAUGCAUCGUUCAACAAAUAUAGCAGAGUGUACCAAGCCACUGGAACAUACUGAACCAAGAAGUAUUAUUGAAAUGACAAUAUCUAAUAAAAGUGGUGUUGUCACAUCAGCAAUCUUGCCUAUACAAAGUACAAUAGAAGAGAAAAUUACACCAACUGUUCGUAAAGAGCCAAUAAAGAUUAUACGUGGCAAUGGUCGUGUCAUAACACUUCCACCAAUGGAAGCUCCUACUACUCGAGCUAAACUUCGGGCACAAUACUAUCCUGGCGAACAGACUAGUAAUUUAUCGCCCAAACCAAAUAACUCAAAAGAAUCGUUUCAAGAACCUACUACACCAACAAUAAUACAAAAAGUAAUUGAUAGUGUAACAACGGAUACAAAAAUGUCAACAGAAAAGAAAGGAACAUCAAAAGAAAGUCCUUCUCCGAGUAUAACUAAUAAAUCUGCAAAAAGAACAUCUGGCAGAAGAUCAACUUCGACUAAAAUACAAGCUAAGAAAAUUGACAUCGUUUCAGAUAACGAUUCUGAUAACGAGGACGAUGAUGACGAUGACGAUCCAAAGAAACUUUGGUGUAUUUGUCGUCAACCUCAUAACAACCGUUUUAUGAUUUGUUGCGAUGUGUGCGAAGAUUGGUUUCAUGGAACAUGUGUAAGUAUUACAAAAGCAAUGGGUUUAGAUAUGGAACAAAAAGGUAUUGACUGGACUUGUCCAAAAUGUACACAGAAGAAAAUAGAUGAUAAGCAAAUGAAAAUUACCGACAUGUUGGUAAGAAAACCUAUGAUUAGUAACUCUGUAGAAGGAGAAGUUGAUGUUGUACACGGUGAAUUAUCUAAUACUGCUGCAGAGAAUUUAGAAGUGAAAACGAUUACAGUUUUAAAUAUUAAAAACGAAACCCCAGUAACUAAAAAACAGGUCGAUGUUAUAAAUAUUAUUAAUACAGAUAUUCCUCAUUCAAAAACUCCAACAACUUUAACUCAGCAAAAAACUAUUAUUACGAAACCUAUUGACGUUUUACACUACGCGAAUACAAGUAAUAAGACAUCGCCACAGGUUCAACCAAAAAUACACAAAUAUAUAUUAUCUAAACCUGUAAAUGUACAAAAAAAAGAAGCUCAAAAUAUAUGCAUAGUUUGCAAUAGAUUAUCACGCAUAAAUACAAAUUUCUGUAGCGACGACUGUAUUCAAAAGCAUGUAAAAAAUUAUUUAGAUGCGAAUAUUACAGAUCCUCAAGCACAACAUUUAGCAGUUGAGAGAAAGAAAAAGGUGAAAGAGUUAUUUGAAGAUCAACUUGCGAUGAUUGACCGAAAAUCAAAGGUCGAAAGGGUUCGUGUGUUUGAUCGUAAAAAUGGUCGAGUACUUGCUGGCAAUAAUGCACCGACAACGUUAAAUAUAAGAAAAUGGCUUCAAGAAAAUCCAACAUAUGAAAUAGUGCUGCCGGGGAAUUUUGAAUCAACUGAAAUGCAGAGAAAUCGUUUUGAAACAAAUGUGCACGCAACCAAUUCAUCAGCAAGUAAAAUUAAAACACCAAAUCCAAUGUUAGUUAGACAGCUUAGUACUUCACCCGUUUUGGCUCUUAACACACAUAUUCAAAUUCAAGAAGCAGAACAUGCUUCUUCUUCAUCUAAAAUAAAAAAAAGUGUGGAACAUAGUAAAAUAUCCCCAAAAAGUUCGACGACAACUAAUAGUAAAUCUACUUUAAAUAAGUCAAAAGUUAGUAAAAUUGUUAAAAUGAAAGAUGAAAAAACUAGAGAAAGACUUGUUAAGCGACGUAGUAGUGAAAGUAGUAAUAAACUGAGUAUGGAUGAUCCAGAACUUGUUCGCUUCAAUGUUCGUAAAACACUUAAAGAACAAUUAUUACAACGCAUGACAGAAUUAAAAAAAAAUAAUGAACAAGAUAAUUUAUUAAUGACGCCAGAAGAAGUUGAUGUAUUUUUUACAAAAACAGAGGCAGAAAUGUUUGAUUGUUUUAAACAUGAGAUAAGUACGAAGUAUAAAUCGAAAUAUCGAUCACUUAUGUUUAAUAUAAGAGACCGCAAAAAUUUAACACUUAUCUCUAAAAUAUGUACCAAACAAAUCGAUCCUAAACAGUUUGUAAAAAUGUCUGCCGAUGAAUUAGCAAGUCAAGAACUUGCCCAAUGGCGUGAAAACGAAGUAAAACAUCAGCUUGAAAUGAUAAAGAAAUCGGAAUUGGACUUACUGAAAUGUAAUAAAAAUUAUGUUUUAAAAACACAUAAAGGUGAGGAGGUAAUAGAAGGAUCUCAGCUUCAGUGUGAAAAUUUAGAAAUCACAGAUGUAGUUUCAAUCUUAAAAGACUCAGCUGAUGAAACACCAACAUAUAAUUUAUUAAAAACUCAUACUACAGACGUAAUCGAAUCAAAAUCAUUAAAUAAUGCAGGUUCAACGACAUCAUCUGACAGAAUAGGUGAUUUACAAAUAAUUAAUGACGACCGUAAUAAUUUUGGGGAUUAUGAAGGUAAAUUUACGUCUGAAACAGGAGGUAUUCAAAAAUCAGAUUCAUCAAAAAUAUCGAUCAAAGAAAAAAGCAAGAUUCAUAUUCGAGACCGUGAACAGGGACAUGAUCGUAAACAUCAGCAUGAUAGGUCAACUUCACUUGAGAAAAAAUUUAAAAAUAAAGAUCAUCAUAAAAAUAAAGCACAUUCCAGAAAAAGAAGCCGUUCACGUUCUACAAGUGGUAGUCAUAGUAGAGAAAAACGCCAUAGAAGUUCGCAUAAAAAUGAUAAACGUGAGAAAGAAGAACGACUCCGAGAGAAGGAUAUAUUAAAAUCGCAUGAACGUAAAGAAGAGGUUUUGGAGAACCCAAUGGAUGGUAUAAGCAAUUCAAAACUAAACAACAAAAUUCAUAAAGAAAAACCUAAAAAACUCACCACGUCUAAUUCAUUAGAAGAAUUUAAUCUAAUAGAUAAAAUAAUUGAGUCUUCAAAAACUAUAGAACAGGCAGCUAAUAUUAGUAUUGUAAAAGAACCCGUACAUAACGACUUAUUUUCGGAUAAACCACUCGUUGACGAAACUCAAAUAAAGUCAAAUAAUCAAACAUUUUCAGAAGUUAUUGAUAUUGAAAUUGAUGAUGAGUCUACGAGUACAACUAUUUCUCCACCUCAAGACCCAUAUGUGCAGUACUCAGCAAUAAAAACAAGCAGCAGAAACUCGCCUAUUAUGUGGGCAGGAAAUAUUAACAUGAUUGACGUAGCAUCUUUUCAAAUUAUAAUUCAACCUGUUGUUGGAAAUGCAAUAAAUUUGGGAAAAUUUUUACCCAAGGAGCUAGAUGUUGUUGGGCGAAUUGAUCCAAAUACUGUUUGGGAUUAUAUAUCUAAAAUAAAAAAAAGUCCCAACAAGGAAAUUGUAAUAAUACGUAUACUUCCCACUUGCGAGUCAGAAACGUCAGCAUACACUAUAUUAUAUCAAUAUCUUGAGAAAAGAAAUCGCUUGGGCGUUAUAAAAACAACAGCUCCACAAAUAAAAGAUUUUUACAUAAUUCCUCUAGAAUGUGGAAAACAGUUGCCUGAUAUAAUAAGACCUGUUGAAGAUAAUGAUUUUUUUGCAGAUUCUAAAAGACCGGAUAUGCUUAUAGGUGUAAUAAUACGUAUCAUUGGUAAAAGAACAAUUAUUUCUAGCAUUGAUCAACAUGCGCCAAUGAAGCGUAAAAUGCAUGACUCAGAUUCAUUUACACCUCCCGGAAGUCCAAAACGUAAAUUAAAACAUAAUACAAGUAUAAAGAAAUCUGAUGACUAUGAUAUAGAUGCCAUAAUUAAAGCACCUAUUAUUGCAAAAGCUGCUUCACAAAAAAUAUCAAUUUUUUCAACCACUGCGAAUAAAAAUGAUGAUGAACCAUAUUCUCCUAGUGAUGACGAACUUAAUGUUAAUGAUUUAGAGCAGACAAGAAAUGUAUCAUUUGAUAGGAAAAUGGAAGAAUUAAAUAGGCAAAUUGCAAAACAUCAAAUAGAAAUUGAUGGCCUUUUAACAGGAAAAUCAACGCAAUUUGCGGUUAGUCCUCAUCCAGCAUCGACACAACUUUUGGCAAAUAUCUCAAUCCCAUCGAAUUUACCACAAAUUUUAGCAAGCAUUAAGAGUAAACCUGAAACACAACCAAUUAACACUCAGAACACCCAAAAAAUUCAUCCUUUUAAAAUAUCAAAUCAAUUCAGUUCAGUGAAUGUUAAUGUUAAUGUUAAUGACGAAUAUGAUCCAGCGGAUGCCAUUUCUCCAAUUACAUAUCAAAACUUACAAUAUGUGGAGAAACCAACCAGCCGUUUGGCACAACUAAGUGAAGCUGAGCUUCUUAGAAUGGUACCAGACGAUAUGAUCGACAAAGCAUCUAUACCGUUACCAUCAAAAGUAACAAGCAAUCUAACAUAUGACGAACCACCACCACCGGGUGUAUAAAUAUAGAAAUAUAUUGCAAAUAUUAUUUUUUUUAUUUUUAUUUUUAAUUUUUCUUUUAAUAAAUUUUAAAUGCUUUGAUCAACAUAGUUCAUAUUUCAACAUAUUUCAUUGUAAUAUAUUCAUAUUCUAUUGUCUACUGUGAGCACAUUUUUUUUAUUAUAAAUAUUUCCUUAUUAGAUAAGUUAACUCCUAAACUAGUUUAGUAAAAAGCAAUGUACUAUGUGUAAAAGUUAAUUUGAUUGUUUAUGAAUUUAGCUAAAAUUAACAACUCUUACUUAAACUUAGCUGUGAAUCAUUUA